AUGGAUAAUCAAGCUACACAAAAGCUCAACGACCUAUCGCUAGAGCCUGCUCCUUCGCACGACGAGCUAGAUGGCUCAGGCCUGAUCAUCGACAUCGAUCAGAGAAAAAUUGGUGAUGAACAGGCGGGUGCCGUCCUGGAUGACGAGACAAACCCCUUGGAACAGCAGGACUCGCACGAUAGUUUGAUUGCUGAUUCCCGGAAUGCCAACUUCUCGUACCAUGAAAACCAGCAGUUGUUGGAGAAUGGCACUAAACAGUUGGCCCUGGAUGAGCAUGAUUGUCACUCUGCCAUCUUAGAACAGCCUUCGCACACAACCAACUGUAGCUCUUCUAAUAUAGCGGCGAUGAACAAGGGCUACGACUCCGCGGAUCAUCCUUCGGCAAGUACCGGGGCCAAGCCAAGGACCCUCUCUGCUAGUGCCCAGCACAUCUUGCCAGAGACACUGAAGUCUGUGGCUGGCACCCCGGCCGUGGUUAAACCGGCACAUAACUCGGCCUCAUACAAGAUGGGGAUGCUGGCUGAUGAUGCCUCGCAGCAGUUUCUUGAUGACCCCUCGUCGGAACUGAUCGACUUGUACUCGAAAGUGGCCGAGUGUAGAGACCUAAGAGCUAAGUAUCAGACCUUGUCUGUGCAAAACGAUGAUCAAAAUCCGAAAAACAAACCAGAUUGGGUGGUUUACCCACCCCCACCUAAACCUUCAUACAAUUCCGACACCAAGACCGUCGUCCCCGUGGCCAACAAGCCGGAUGCGGACGUGUUUGAUUUCGCCAAGUGUGAGAUUCCGGGUGAAGACCCGGACUGGGACUUCGCCAUCAAUUCCGAUGACUCGUAUGUAGUUCACAAGGCCAAUAACACCGAUGAGUUGAUUGCUCAGAUCCCCACUCUGCGCGACUACUAUCUGGACUUGGAAAAAAUGGUCUCCAUAUCCUCCGACGGUCCUGCUAAGUCGUUCGCUUAUAGAAGGCUACAAUACUUGGAAGCACGCUGGAAUCUGUACUAUCUCUUAAACGAGUAUCAAGAAACUAGUGUUUCUAAAAGAAACCCACACAGGGAUUUCUAUAAUGUUAGAAAAGUGGACACUCACGUCCAUCAUUCUGCCUGCAUGAAUCAAAAGCAUUUAUUACGUUUCAUUAAGCACAAAUUGAGACAUUCCAAAGAUGAAAAAGUCAUUUUCAGAGAUGGGAAACUUUUAACUUUGGACGAAGUGUUCCGUUCCUUGAAUUUGACCGGCUACGAUUUAUCCAUCGACACUUUGGAUAUGCAUGCGCAUAAGGAUACGUUCCACAGAUUCGACAAGUUCAACCUAAAAUAUAAUCCUAUUGGUGAAUCCCGUUUAAGAGAAAUCUUUUUAAAGACUAACAAUUACAUAAAAGGUACUUACCUGGCCGACAUCACUAAGCAAGUCAUAUUUGAUUUAGAGAAUUCRAAAUACCAAAACUGCGAGUACAGAAUCUCCGUUUAUGGUAGAUCUCUUGAUGAAUGGGAUAAAUUAGCUAGCUGGGUCAUCGACAACAAAGUCAUUUCCCAUAAUGUUCGUUGGUUAAUUCAAAUUCCGAGGUUAUAUGAUAUUUAUAAAAAAACAGGCAUUGUGCAAUGUUUCCAAGAUACUUGUAAAAAUUUGUUCCAACCAUUAUUUGAAGUGACCAAAAACCCUCAAUCUCAUCCAAAACUGCACAUUUUCUUACGUAGAGUCAUUGGGUUUGAUUCUGUUGAUGACGAGUCUAAAGUUGAUCGUCGCUUCCAUAGGAAAUACCCCAAGCCAUCGCUUUGGGAGGCCCCACAAAACCCUCCUUAUUCCUACUACCUAUAUUAUCUAUAUUCAAACGUUGCAUCUUUGAAUCAAUGGAGAGCUAAGAGAGGGUUUAACACUUUGGUUUUGAGACCUCAUUGUGGUGAAGCGGGUGAUCCUGAACAUCUGGUUUCGGCAUACUUAUUGGCUCAUGGUAUUUCCCAUGGUAUCUUAUUGAGGAAGGUGCCAUUUGUUCAAUACUUGUACUAUUUGGAUCAGGUUGGUAUUGCAAUGUCACCAUUAUCUAAUAAUGCAUUAUUUUUGACUUAUGACAAGAAUCCAUUCCCAAGAUACUUUAAAAGAGGUUUAAACGUUUCUUUAUCUACUGAUGAUCCUUUACAGUUUUCCUACACCAGAGAACCAUUAAUUGAAGAAUAUUCAGUUGCGGCGCAAAUCUAUAAACUGUCUAAUGUGGAUAUGUGUGAGUUGGCAAGAAACUCUGUCUUGCAAAGUGGAUGGGAAGCACAAAUUAAGAAACAUUGGAUAGGGAAAGAUUUUGCCAAGAUUGGUAUUGACGGCAACGAUGUGGUCAGAACAAAUGUUCCUGAUAUAAGAAUUAACUACAGGCAUGAUACACUAUCAACCGAACUGGAACUGGUUAACCAUUUUGCCAAUUUUAUGAAAACCAUUGAAGAAUAG